UAUGUCGCGUUGUUGUGUUGUCACACUGUACGCCUUCCCUCGUACCUUCCUCGUGGCCUAGAGUCUGUUAGCCCACUCUGCCGGUCAACAAUCAAGCAGUCUCCACACAAGAAGACCUCCGAACAGUAACAUGAUGCAAACUGAUACAUCAUCACCAAAGCCAUUCCGGGUGAUCAUUGUCGGUGCUGGCAUUGUAGGACUGUCCUUGUCGCACGCUCUUCAACUGGCCAAGAUUGACCAUGUCAUCCUGGAGAAAUACGAUAGGGUGAAGUCUGUCAAAGGUGCAGCAUUGAUUAUCUGGCCAAGCAUCGAACGCGUUUUUGAUCAGUUCGGCUUCUUGUCUAAAAUCCUGGCAACUACCACGCCUGUAACGACGGAGCAUAGGCGCUGGCCAGAUGGAUCAGUCCAGUCGAGUCGUAAUACUAUGGUCAGAUUUCAACAGAUCUUCAAAGUGCCGCCGAUCUUGUUCGAGCGACAGACUUGCGUAGCUCAUCUUUACGACAACCUACCAGACCAGUCAGUGGUGAAAUUGAACAAACAGGUGGAAACAAUCGAACACACAGAAACUGGUGCUCGCGUCAUUCUCACGGACGGCACUAUCGAGGAGGGCGACAUGGUAAUUGGUGCAGAUGGAGUCCACAGCGUCGUCAGACCUCAAAUGUGGGAUUAUGCGAGCAAUUUCGAACCAGGUGUAAUCCCGGAAUCGGAUAAGUCGGCACUUUUCAGCGAGUACGAUGCUCUGUUUGGGGUCAGUGAUCUGGAAGGAAAACCCGAAGACUACGGUAUGGAGGCCGCCGAAACAAAUGUUGUCUUUGGACAGGGUGUGACCAAACUCCUCUUCCAACAGCAAGGUGAACAAGCAUGGGCAAUCAUCUUCAAGGAUAAGUACAACCAACCACCAAAGAGAUUCAGAGCUACAGAAGAAGAUAUGGAGAACGUCGCAAAGCGAUUCUCCGAGGUGGCAUUGAACGAGAAGCUCAAGUUCAAGGAACUUUGGGAGAAAAGAAAGCGAGCUGGGCUACUGACGAUCGAAGAAGGGGUGCUCUCUCAAUGGCAUGCGGGACGAAUCGUCUUGGUAGGAGACUCAGCGCAUAAGAUGACAGCAGACCUGGGAGUUGGCGCCAACAUCGCUAUCGAAGAUGCCGUUGUACUUUGCAACAUCCUCCAUCGCGAGCUAAAGGAUGACCGCAAUCGUCAUCCCACUAAACAAGAACUAAACUCUAUGUUUGUUGAAUACCAGAAAGAGCGAUACGACCGGGCAAAGGCAUUCACAGACCUCUCUGGAAAAGCCACAAGAGCAAACUCUUACGACUCACUCAUCGGUAGAUUGUUCGCCACAUACAUUUCUGGCUGGAUGUACGAGACGCAGGUGACGAAACUUGCCACAGCAUGGGCUAAGGCGCCGAAGUUGAACUAUGCGCCAGUGCAAACGAUCGACGAGAGUGCUCCCGGAUGGCUGCUGGCAAAGACGCAAGACGAGGCCUCAAGCUCCAUGUGGCUGAUGUACGCUACUUUUGGGGCAGUGGUCACAGGACUGGCCAUUUCUCGAUUCGGAAGCUCUAAGUUGUGAUCACGUUUGCUAACAAACGAUCACCUUAUGUCUGCUAAUCGAUAAUCAUCUGGGUGAGG